UUAUCCAAUAUAACCAGAGAUAUCUCUGAAUAUAACACAUUAUUCUUUGUUGUCAUUGUAGAUGUCAAAAGUUAAUGAUUCGUAAUAGGUAAAUUAGCGAAAUAAUCUUUUAUAAUGGUUGACGAAAGUAGACUAAAGUUUUGGUUAUCUAAGUAUCAAAACCCAGACAUAGUUUUAAGGGACAUCUUGACAGUAACAAAUUUUUAUCAUGGACUUAUUCCUACCCAAGAACUAUACACUUUUAAUGAUGGGAGUCGAAAGGAAUUGGUUAAUUUAAGUGGUACAAUACCAGUCAGAUUUAAUGGCACCAUUUACAAUAUACCAAUAUGCAUUUGGCUGGUUGAUACUCAUCCAAACAAUGCACCUAUAUCUUAUGUUAAACCCACAGCUGAUAUGGCCAUAAAAGUUUCAAUGUACGUUGAUCACAGUGGAAAAAUAUAUUUGCCAUAUUUAAGUGAUUGGGUUCCGAAUUCUUCUGAGUUAUUGGGAUUAAUACAAGUUAUGAUUGUUACUUUUGGAGAACAACCACCAGUAUUUGCAAAAUCAAAAGAAAAUGAUGUUCCUUACCCCACAGGAUCAUUUAUGCCCCAACCAGGUGGUAACUACAGGCCUCCUUAUCCAACAGGUGGUUACCCACCAUCAUCAGGAUACGGUAACUAUCCACCGUACCCUCCAAGUUCCGCCUCUGGAUACCCUGCUUACCCUACCCCAUACCCUCCUUACCCCACUCCUGGUGGAUUUGGAACUCCAGGUUCGUUGGUUCCCGGUACAGGAACCAUCAAGGAAGAACACAUCAGGGAAUCGUUGUUGACUGCCAUCGAAGAAAAAUUGCUAAGAAAAAUGAAAGAACAGUUUCAGCAGCACCAGGCUGAAAUGGAGACGCUGAAAAAAACACAGGAGGAGCUAAGACAAGGGAAAGUUAAAUUGGAGGGUAUAUUGGGCAGGAUGGAGAAAGAACAGAGCGACUUGGACAAAAACAUCACAUUAUUAAAAGAUAAAGAACAGGAAUUGGACAAAGCAAUCGAAAAAAUUAGCAAUCAGGAAUCAAUAGAUGUGGAUGAUGCUGUAACAACCACUGCACCUUUAUAUAAGCAAUUAUUAAAUGCAUUCGCAGAGGAAGCCGCUUUGGAAGACGCAAUCUACUACAUGGGAGAAGCUUUAAGAUGUGGAGUAAUAGAUUUAGAUAUUUUCUUAAAACAAGUCAGAACUUUGUCAAGAAAACAAUUUAUGCUUAGAGCCGUUAUGCAAAAGUGCCGUCAAAAAGCCGGCUUGUCUUGUUAAUUAAUUGUAAAUAUUGCUGUAUUUUUUAUGUUAUGUAUUAAGUUAUAUUUAAUUAUUUGUAGAUUAUAUAAGCUUACAGCAGUUAAAUAUAUAGAUUUUAUCAAUUA